UUGAGCUCAGUGUUUAUUACUCUAGCAGUAGCAGUUCAUGUUCUCACAGGGAGUGUGUGUGUCGCUCUUUCCCUUCUCUUCACUGCACUCAGCCAUAUUGUUGUUGAUCACAUUGGACUGUGUAGCCGCACCAAAAGCGGCAGAGAAGUUGAGGUGGGAUCAAAACUUUACGGAUUAACCUGCAAGUGCGAGUUGGAUUUCAUUUACUUAUCUCCUUUACGCGUGUACCCGAAGAACCGGUGCCUGCGCGGCUGCUCCCCGGGUUAAACAACGCGGUUACUGCGCUGGGUUAAUGAAAGAUGGUGGAUCGCUUGGCAAAUAGCGAAGCUAACUCCAAGCGCAUUGCGGUCGUGGAGGGCUGCUUCGGCACAGCUGGCCAACCGCUGGCCAUCCCGGGCCGUGUGCUGAUUGGAGAGGGUGUGCUCACCAAGCUGUGCCGCAAAAAGCCCAAGGCCCGCCAGUUUUUCCUCUUCAAUGACAUUUUGGUGUACGGCAACAUCGUCAUCCAGAAAAAGAAGUACAACAAGCAGCACAUCAUUCCACUGGAGAGUGUCACUAUCGACACAGUGCCUGAUGAGGGAGAUCUACGUAAUGGCUGGCUCAUCAAAACACCAACCAAGUCAUUUGCAGUGUACGCCGCUACAGCCACGGAGAAGUCGGAGUGGAUGAACCACAUCAACAAGUGUGUGUCGGACCUGCUGGAGAAGAGUGGCAAAUCGCCCACGGGCGAGCAUGCGGCCGUGUGGGUGCCCGACUCGGAGGCGUCAGUGUGCAUGCGAUGCCAAAAGGUGAAGUUCACGCCAGUCAGCAGGCGUCACCACUGCAGGAAGUGCGGCUUUGUUGUGUGUGGCCCUUGUUCUGAGAAGAAGUUCCUUUUGCCCAGCCAGUCAUCCAAGCCUGUGCGUGUAUGUGAGUUCUGCUAUGAUCAGCUCUCCACAGGGGCGACCCUGCCACCGCGCUCGAACUCAUACAGCCGCACCAACAACAUCUCUGAGGAUGAGGAUGAAGAUGAUAGCAGUGACUGAGGAAAGGGAACCUUCACUUUUGCUAUUUUAGGAAUAUCUUCAGUUCAGGUCACAAUCCUUUAGUGUCUUGUUUCUCCUUAAAGGGUUUGAAAUUAGCAAAGAUUUCGUGAAGGUUUAUGGUGAUUUUACUUUUUAGUAUAAUAUUAAUGAAAUGGCACAAUAAAGUUACCCUGAAAGCAUAGACACCCUAUGCAUAUUGGUGAAAUGCAGGAUGAAAAAAAAAUAUAUUACUUGCAGGUUCACUUAGCCUUUUGUAGCUGUACACACAGUAGAAAUUCUGACCAAUCCCACUCACUCUUGCAGUGAGUGAUCAGAUCAGUCCUGUUUACUCCUGCAGGAAGGUUGACCAGUCCCACCUGUUAACCACAGUUAAUCCAGUUUAUACCCAUCCAUGAUAUUUUUCAAUGAAUUUUGUUGGUUCAUUUUCCCAAAAUGUAAUUUAAACCACAAUAACACUGACCAGGAUAAAGAUGGAUGGAUGGAGCCAUAUGUGUAACCACACUUCACCAUGCAUCCAAUAUACUCCAAGGUUUAUCACAGUGUUCUUUGUCCCUUGAAUUUCAUAUCAGGCUGCCCACAAGAGAGUGAAAGAUUCUGCUCCCUUUCACACCUCUAAAUGGAUGUGUAAAGACAGUAAACCUAUUUGCUAAUUUCAAGCUCUCCGUAUAGCCGAUUUCUUCAUUCGAUCAUCUUCUUUUUCUUGAUUCCUUUAAAUAUUGUUUUGUUUACCAACAAAUCAUAGACUAUGCUAUGACACUGCUUUUUCCACAGGGAAGAGUUCUCGCAGCUGUUUUGGUGCUGACAGUAUUUUUUCUAGCUCUUCCCCUACCAGGGCCUAUAUUUAUUACAGUGGGGAUAACAAAAGAUACAAAGAAAGGAUGCAUAUUUUGAUAGGUUUAAAUGUAAAACUUUAUCUCCCUGUUAGUUAAUCCUUCAUAAUAAUACUGUUUGCUAAUGACAAAUCAGAAGUGUUUGAGCUAUAUGAAGUUCAUAAUUGUAUAUAAUGUGGUAAUAUAGAGAGUAAGUCCCAAAAUAUAACCUGACAAAGGCCUUUAAUGCCACGGUGCCUUCUUAGAUAUUUUGCCUGUAGAAAUAAAUCUACAAAUGCCAUCUAUUAGCAAUUAGAAAUUUCUUACUUAAAACAUAAAAUGAACAUGUAUCUCUCUAAAGAAAACGUUUUUUUUUUCGUUGUUUUUUUUUUUUUUUUUGGUAGUCCAAAUGUCCCAGUGAACAGAGUGUUUGUAGUUUUCCUGUGCUAUCCUGAGAGUAUAUAACUAUAGCCGUUGUUCGCUCUGCACUGACGUUCAGUGUCAGAAGGUAUGCUGCACAGCAGGAUUCGAUGCUGAACGUCAGCAGGAGCUGAUGCCCUCCUCCCUAUUGCUUUUAUUGCAGUGGGGCUACGCUUCAGUGGCCUGUAUGGCCACACCUGUGUCACAAAGGAGAAUUGAGAUGCAGAGCAUUAUGUGGAAGUAAUCUCCAAAUGACCUUGCCUUGUUCUACAUUGAAUCACACAUGACUAAAUGCACUAAUACUUUGAAUUUUGAAUAUAAUGUUUCAUUUCUAAUAUUGUAAGACUGUUAUGAUCUAGCUGUGCUAAUGUAUAAUUGAGAGCAUGAGCUUCAGGCAGAAUUACAGUUGAACAUGCAAAAUUAAUCUGCUUUUGUUAAAUUUGUUUCUCAAGAAGGACUUGUCAUAAUCACUUUUUCAGAACUGACAUUGAAAAGGGAAAUUAAAUAGUUUUUGGAUUUAGGGUCUCUAGCUUUUAUAAUCAAUGAGAAAAUGAAUCUCAAAUAGCAAGCAUUCUGUUAUUUAGAAAUGAGUUUUUAUUGUGAUUUUACUUUUGAAUAACCACAGACCCCAGGAACUACUGUACAAUGUCUGUUUAAACAUUGCCUCUCAGUCCUAUGUAGACAUUAUGGCAAUAAUGUUAAGCUCCAACUCUUCUGCAUUCAUGCGUCUCCUGAACAUCUACUGAUCAGCUACUGGCGCUUUGCGUGUUCGCUCGGCCGAGAUGGAGGGUCGGCGCGCACAGAGGAGCAGCAGUGGAGUGAAGUUCUGUGUUGUGUCCGAUCUUCAGUCAAGAGGAGCUGAACAUGCCUUAGAGAUCUUGUACUUCUUGGAUUCUAUCACAAGUCAAAGUCUGCUGUUGCGUGGACCAUCUGUCUGGCAUUAAACUGACACCAAAACCAGCACAUGUUCAUAAUUAUACGAGUUGCCUGUUUUCUGGCUUGAUCUGAAAUUUUUACAUCACUUAAGUGUGUGGUGGUGUAUUCAAGUGCAAAUGACAAAGAAAUUUCAAGAAAAUUUUCAUGAUGUACCUAGUAGUGUUCUUUUUUUUCUUUUUCCACUGUUUCCUUCACCUGUCUGUCUUGUCAUUGAGAACUUUGAAAGGGCUCAAAGUUGAAUGUAAUCCACCAUCUAAUUGUUCAUACUAAUUUUCAGGAUAUAUAUAUUACAUUGUUUACAACCUGUGUCUUGUGUUGUGUACCACACAAAUGGGCAGAUUAGUGCAGUUAGUGGACACUAAUAACUGCUUAAUAUUUUAACAUGGUUUAAAGGGUUAACAUAAGUUAAGUUGUCUUUGUCACAUUUACAUUACUGCACAGUGAAAUUCAUUCUUUGCAUAUCCCAUCCUUGGGGGUUGAACCCAGAUCUUCUGGUCAACGACUCAGAGCCUUAACCUUAAUUGUGAUCUGGAUCCUAGCACAAACACACUGACUAAUCAAAACAGUAAUACAUCCAUGUAGCUAACAUGACAACAUUUCUGAGAAACUGAAUCUUUUUAUUUAUUUAAUGUUGAAUGUUAGACAGUUAGCUAAAACGAGCCACCAUGACAAGACUUUUUUUUCUCUCCCCCCAUACCCCCCCCAAAACGUUCUAAAAUUCAAAUUUUAAAAAUACACGAGUGGUGCGGCGUUAGAAACAGAUACAACUACAGGAGAAAAACCGGAGAGAUUCACCAUCAUAACAAGUGAGUAUUGGAUACAACUACAGGAGAAAAACCGGAGAGAUUCACCAUCAUAAGAAGUGAGUAUCGGCAAUUGAUACCGAGAAUAAAGCGACACCUGCUGGGAUGUUUCUGAACGGCUAUAAAAGUGCAUCUUCACCGGCUGUGAUGGGAACCGUGUCCACGGCAGUGGGCUCACAGCGGACUCCCACAGGUAAGUGUUUUUAUUCACACUCUGUUAUCAAAAUGUAGUAAUAUAUUAUAUAGUUGUAUUGUUAGUACCCUGUCUGAAAGGUAAUUUGGAUGGAAAAGGGUUUAAUUUUAGUAUUUUAACGUGUAUAUACACCAGAGGGCGCUAGCGAGCUAACAGUAGCUCACUUCUGAAGUUUGGAUCAUUUCACUGACUCGGAUCUUUGAAUCUCUUUUCGAGUCAUUUCGUUCAUUUCAGCAGAACAUAACUGCAAUGUUACGUGUUAGCCGCAAACAUUGAUCACAUUUAGAAUAAGACUAUAAAGCAACCAAGACGAGACAGACAGGAACAAGAAGAAAACUUUUGGAUUUUUCAGAAAAUGUUCAUUGCACAUGUCUUUUGAUAGUUUUAUGAUAAUUCCUACAUUUUAUACAUUACAUUAGUAUUAUUGACUCUAAGAUACCCGCUAGGAAGAGGUCACGUGAUGAACGAGUUUCCGCCACAGACUGCGUAGCCGAAGCCCAUCAGGCUGUCACGUGAUGAACGAACGACUCGGGAGAUGAACUAUUCAUCAAUAAAUAACAGAAUGUGAAUGAAGGAAAUCUUACAAUAAUAAAUGAUAAGUCUAUUCAGCAAACCCGUUGUGUGAAAGCAAGUAACUCAACUCAACAAUCACUUGUCCACCCUAAUUUUGUCAAAGUUGUGAAAAAAGGUUGAAGGAGACCCCUGAUAUAUACUCAGUGAUAAAAUUCCCUUACUGACUUCAUGCUUGGGAAGUAACAGGUUAUAUUGUGAAUCAAUAGUGAGAUAAAUGACAGCUAUAUGAGACAUAAAGAAAAAAAGGAAGGAAAAUAACUUUAAAUCAAUGUGUAAGGAGAAGAUGAGUUUAGCUAUAUAAGUAUACACACAGCAAGAGGAGGGAGGAAUAACAUCACAUCUUAGUUCAGAUGAUAAAAAGGAUUUUAAAAAGGGUUGAGAAAUAUUUUUUAGUUCAUAUUUUUGUUGCAUAAGAUGGUUUUUUUUUUUAUAUUGAUGCAUAUUACAAUCAAAAUGUUCAAAUGUUCUAAGCACAUCUUAUAAGAUAGUAUCUUUUUAAAUUAUAUGACACUGGGAGGAUGGUACACAGUGACAGAAGAAGGAAACAGAGUCUAUCUAUUAGUUAUAUGUUCAAA